GAACAAAUCAAAGUUGAUCCAAGAACUAGUAGCGGCGAGCCGGACUACAACUUCCUGCUCCUACAAGCAAUCGCUAAGCGCUCCCAUGAGCAAGCGGACUUGUGUGGUGUGACGCAAGUCGCUACAGUGGACGAGGCACAAAGACAGUUUGUGGAUCGGGUCGAUGAAAUGCUUGGUGGACAAAGCCCAGAGGAGAAAGCGUUGCUGCGUCGAG